AAAAAUAAGAUAGGUCUUCUUGAAAACAUGUCUCCUAUGAAGCUGUGUGUUCCAGGGGAGAGGCUGUGCAGCACAGAAGACUGUAUUCCAGGGACAGGCACCUACCUGCGACAUGGUUACAUCUUUGCCUCUCUUGCUGGCUAUGUUUUGAGGAAAAAUGAAGGAGAAGAGCUUCCUGUAAUAUCUGUUGUGAGAGAAACAGAGGCACAAUUGCUGCCUGAUGUAGGCGCUAUAGUCACGUGCAAGGUUACUAGUAUCAAUCCAAGGUUUGCUAAAGUCCACAUCCUGUAUGUUGGUUCCACACCUCUGAAGGACAGAUUCAGAGGAACAAUCAGGAAAGAAGACGUUAGAGCAACGGAAAAAGACAAGGUUGAGACGUACAAAAGUUUCCGGCCUGGAGACAUUGUCCUUGCCAAAGUGAUCUCUCUGGGUGACGUUCAGUCCAACUAUUUGCUGACCACAGCGGAGAACGAGCUGGGUGUGGUGGUGGCCCACAGUGAGGCAGGUGUGCAGAUGGUUCCGAUCAGCUGGUGUGAGAUGCAGUGCCCUCGCACUCAUGCCAAGGAGUUCCGUAAAGUGGCCAGGGUGCAGCCGGAGUACCUCCAGGCCUGAGGGGAUGUUCUGGUUUCCUCUGCGGUCCCCACUAGCAUUCCCUUUCCUCGAGGAACACACAGCUUCAACACAGCCCCCCCCCCCUUCCCUCCCCCCCAAGACAAUGUGGGCCACACCCUGUGUACGACUGGGUUAAAUGGCUGUAUUUCCCAACUCUUGGAGACAGACUUGGGAGAUGGUUACAUCUGACAUGAUGACUACAUAAUUUUUUCUUUUGUUUUUUUUUGUAAGUUGACACAAGUCACAGAAAUAAAGCAAUCGGGAUUUUGAAGUAAAUGUUCUUAAUUACAAAUGGUAAUUUACAGCACUGUUAUGAAGACUCUGAAUAUAUUAUCCCGAACCAAAUAAAAUAUUUUUGACUAAAAUA